UUUACGUCAAAUCCUUCCCAGCAGCGGAUGUUACUGGAAAAUUAGGACUGUUGGUGAGCUACAAUCGUCAACGUUUGAGCUAGAAACCAUUGAAAAGUUCUCCAGCCAUACAUAUACAGUAACAAAAGGGAUAAAGAAGCUGUUUUGGUGACUACAAGAGGCUUGAUUUGCUGGAAUAACUACCUUUAACUGGCAGGUAAGGCAGUGUGAGCUGAGCUCCUUUAUCUGGCCCCCUUUCCAGAGAAACAACAUGUCCAGUGACCCCCCUCCUCCCUACCCAGGGGGCCCCAGUGCCCCUCUACUUGAAGAGAAAAAUGGACAACCUCCUGUUUCUGCACCCACUGCUCCAGUAGUGACAGGACCUCCACAGGGACAACCCCUGCCUCCAGAAUAUGGACCUCCACCUUAUGAAGCCACACUACAACCUGGCUUUGUUCCUCCGCAUGUCCCAGGCGAAGGUGCAGUGCCUAAGCCUAUGGCUAUGCCAAUGUCCAUGCUUCAUACUCAUGGUGGUUACUACCCUCCCCCUGGGCACUAUCCUCAUCCAAUGGCAGAGCACUAUGCUCCAGGGCCCAGUCACUAUGCUCCUGGUCACACAGCCACCGUUCUCACCCCGCCUGGUGCAACCACCACCACUGUGACUGUUCUGCAGGGUGAGAUGUUCCAAUCGGCUCCAGUGCAAACAGUGUGUCCACACUGCCAGCAACCCAUCAUUACCCGCAUCAGCCACGACGUUGGCCUCAUGAAUACCCUGUUCUGUCUCUUCUGCUUCUUUGUUGGUUGCGACCUAGGCUGUUGCUUAAUCCCCUGUAUUAUUGACGACCUCAAGGAUGUGACACACACUUGCCCGAACUGCAAGGGCUAUAUUUACACAUACAAGCGUAUAUGCUAACGGUUUAUCCAUUACUCAACAAUUGUGCUGUGACCUCAACCUGAUGGGUGUAGAUGACUCUCUUUCAUUUCCGUCUGCUCUGUGUUCAUAUUGCCCCAGCUGAGAGCCAACAGUUUUAGCCUCCUCUCAUUUUAUUGAACUAUUGAUUCUCACACUUAAUGUACAGACAUGAUAAUAUACUGUAGUUACUAAUGACUCUAAAUGAAGUAUAGAAGACUGGCAGUCAAUGAAGUAUAGAAGUCUGGCAGUCAAUGAAGAAGUGCAUUUUAUAUGCACAAUAUUAAUGGUUACAUGUUGUCAUCAAACACUGUUUGGGUUUACUUUAUUUUAGAAGUAGGAUUUAUUUUAUUUUUCUAAGUUGAGCCAAGUGAAUUCGUUUAGAGAAUAUGUGAAAAUGGUUACUUUAAGCUCAUGUGAACAUUUCGGUAGCAAACAAAAUGAAGUUCACUACAGGGUCAGUAUUGUUUUAAUUGUAGGAGAUAUAUUAUUUUAUGCAUUGUUAUUGUAACGUAUUCAAAUGAAAGUAUUUUGAUGGCUGGGUCUGGGACUAACAUUGCAAAGUCCUGGAGUAAUAUUGUUGCUUUGACGUGAAAAUGUUUAUCUAUAUUUGGCAUCUUAUGCAAAUGUUAUGGGAGGGGAGUUCUUUCACUUUUGUAUUUGGUUACUUAUAUUUGUUUAAUAAGACUUGUUUCGAGUUGUGUAGAUUUGUGUAAUUUUAAAUGAAGGGUUUCUAUUGCUAAGACAUGUGUAUAUUCAUCUCAGCCUCCUUGUAAUAUUUAAGAGAUAUUUGUGGAAUUCGACCAAUACACAUUUACUUUAUUUUUUUUUUAAACUGUGAAUCAAAAUGAUAGCAACGAUGCAUCUUGAACCACUAUACUAGAUGAUGUGUGAUGUCUGUAAGCUGUAUGAAAGCUGUUUGAGACUUUUAUAAACUAUUAUCCAGGUCAAUUACCCAGAACAGGUAAUUAAUAAGGUAGAACAAUCUUCAUUUACAUAAUUGGUGUGAAGACAUUUCUAAAAUUAACAUUUUUUUAAUUUAUUUUUUACAUGACUAAUGAAGAUGCUUUAUUUGGUCUAUUAUUGGUUGUAAAUGAAAGAUGUUUUUUCUUCAAAAUGGGAGUACAUUUCAGGUCAAGCUGUUCAAAGCUGAUUUGCUGUUGGAAAUCAACAGCAUGAUGAAUCACGCUGCAUGACAUCAUUGUAAUCUUGCAUAGUGGUAUAUUGGGCCAAAUGUCCCCUCAGUGCUCUGAGCUCAUAUCACAUUGGGCUUCAUUACUAUAUAUAAGGAUUUAUGGUAUGAUUGUAUUGUGCUUUUUUUUUUCUUUGGUGGUGAUUAUGAUUUUAAUUUCUCUAGAGAGAUUCAUUUUCUUUGUAAUCUGACUACGAAUUGUUUCUUUUGAACUUUUUUGGAUCACUUUCGAAGGUAAAUGACCGAGUGGUGUCAUGAGCACUUGGCUUGGAAUAACUGUUCUGAUUGCAAAAUACCAUUUGUAAACAUUACAAGUCAUUCUGAUUUAUCCAGAAACUGUAAUUUACUGCUAUUUAAAAAAAAAAAAAAUCCAAGAUACCAUCAACAGUGCUAAGACUCUAUACACUUAUCAGACACAACAUUAAAACCACCUGCCUAAAAUUGUGCAG